AUGAGUCGAUCUGAAUCUGCAGCAGCAGCACCACCACCACCACCACCACCAAUCCCUCACAAGAUCUGGCAGAUCUGGCUCCAACCAGCCGACGCGGGCCCGGACAGUGACACGGCCAUUGGCACGGUGCAAAGCCAACAUGCACAUCUGACGGCGAGCUGGACGACGCACAAUCCAGGCUGGACUCGACGGCUGCUCGACAACGACUCGGCCCGGGAGUUUGUGGUGCGGGAAUUCCACGCGCACGCGGACAUCAUGCUCGCCUGGACCACGGCGGCUGCCGUUCCGAUCCUGCAGGCCGACCUGUUGAGAUACCUUGUCCUGUACAUUGAGGGCGGCGUCUACGCGGAUCUGGAUGCCGAGUGUGUCAAGGGAGUGGACGAGUGGCCUGUCGACUGGACGGCGGGACCUGAGCCUUACGGUGUCGAGCUGUUGGUAGGGGUGGAAUAUGACAAGAUCAAGAUUGCCGUCGAAAACGAAAUCGACUACGAAAUCGACUACGACAGCCACCAGAGACUUGAAGAACGCCAGCGGUUUCCGGACGAUAUGCAAUUCGCGACGUGGACCAUCGCUGCGAAGCCGAGAAGCCAGCUGCUGUGGGCGGUGAUCCAGGAGAUUGCGCAUAAUCUGAACUCGAACACACCGACACCGGCCGGAAAAGACAAGAAGGGAGAGGAAGAGGAAGUUGAACUCGACCUCGAUCGAACCCCCAUAGAGCCUCGGCAUGCCGGGAGCCUCGCCGGGAGCCUCACCGAAUCCCUCGUCAUGGACCUCACUGGGCCUCGAGCCUUCACGCGUGCUCUGUUCCGCGCCCUGACCCUCAGGCUCAGGGUCGACGAGAAGACGAAGACGAACCCGAACCCGGACCUGAACCUGGCCCUGACGCCGACAAGUAAAGAUAACCUCCAAUCAAGGCCAGAGGGGACAAGUAAAGACAACCCCCAAUCAAGGCCAGAGGGAGCGAGUGUCGGACACGCCGAUUUGACGGGGUUGACGGAGCCCAAGGCGAUAGGCGGCCUGGUGGUGUUGCCGGUCACGGCGUUUGCGUGCGAGCAGCCGCAUUCGAAUGCUGGACGGUGGACCGACCCGGAUGUGUUGGUGAUUCAUAAAUACCAUCAUUCAUGGGCGGUACAGGUUCAGAGAUAG